AUGGCUUCACCGGCGACCGACUGGGGCAAGCUGACGGUCGUCAAUCUGCGGGCCGAGCUCAAGCAACGCGAACUGUCGACGGCGGGACGGAAAGAAGAGCUCGUGCAGCGCCUGGUCGACGACGCGAAUGCGGGCGAGUCGAAUGGCGCCGUGGCCGAAAAAGACGGGGAUACCGAGAUGAUGGACGAGUCGAAGGAAGACGCGAAAGAGGACGCCAAAGAGGACGCCAAAGAGGAUGUCAAGGAGGACGAGGCCGUGCCUGCAGCGGAUACCGCCGAAGCAUCCAAAAAUGGUGCUGCCGAGUCAGCUUCCACUCAAGAGCCGGCCGCACCGGCACCAGCACCGGCACCUCCACCACCGUCGACGGUGCCCAUGUCCGAAGUUAUGCUCGACGAGCAGAAGCGCAAGCGCCGGUCUGUCACGCCUCCGCCGUCGCUGCACAGCGAGGCAGCGGGUCGCAAGCGCCAGCGUGUGGACGGCCAGGACACGUCCGAACUGCCGUCGGAGUUGCCGUCGGAGUUGCCAUCCAAGUCAGCAUCUGUGGUGCCGGAGGGCCAACCCGACAAAGACACAGACAUGAUGGUGGACGAUGCUGCACCCGCUGGCGAGGUGGACGUGCGUGAUGCGGAAGAACCCCUUGGCGCCGUGACGACCACGUCCCCGGCCAUCCACCCGGCCACAACGGCCCUCUACAUCUGUCACUUGAUGCGCCCGCUGCGACCAUCCACGCUCGAGGACCACGUGGCCGCCCUUGCUGCACCGCCGAACGGAGGCGACAGCGGCGACUCGCUUUUGGUCAGCGCCUACCUCGACCCCAUCAAGACGCACGCCUUUGUCACCUUUGCCAACAUUGCGGCCGCCACUCGCGUGCGCGUGGCCCUCCACGGUCAGGUCUGGCCGGACGAGAGCAACCGGCGCCCCCUGUGGGUCGACUUUGUGCCCAGCGACCUGGCUCAAGACUACAUUGACCGCGAGGAGGCCGCCGGUGGUCGUGGCCAUGGCGGCAGUCGCAGCUCGGCCAAGAAGUGGGAAGUGGUCUACAGUGAGGAGGAGGAGGAGGGGGGUGAGGGGGAGGAGGCGGGCCGGGUGGUCACGACGCUGCGCGAGGUCGGCUCCGACACGCCGAUUCCUGGCAGAAUCCUGUACGAUCCGUCGAGCGCGGCCGCCGGUUUCGGUGCAGGCGGUCCAGACAGAGGGACAAACACAGACCACCAGGCUGCGCGGCGCUCGCCGCCACCGUUUGAUGCGCCUCGUGGGCCCAAGGGAAGCGCCGAGGCCCGGUUCGGCGGCACCCACGACAACGGCGGCGACCGCUUUGGAUUUGGCGACGCGCCGCCGCCGCCGCCGCCCCCGCUGCCGCCCCCGCGUGAGAAACGCCAGCGGGGCGGCCGUGCCGGCAACGAGCCGUGGGCACCCCUGGACGACGACAUUCGAACAACGCGUGCCGAGCCGCCCCUCGACUACCAGCUCGUGACACCCGAUCUGGUGCGCCGCCGGCAGGACAACAUCCAGCUGCACACGCAGCCACGCAAGAACAGGGGCGGCGGCAGCCGCAGCCCCAGUCCUGGGCCCGGCCGCAACGGGCAGAGCCACUACACCAAAACACACAACCGCUAUACGUUUGAGCAGGGCGACCAGCUGGUCGACCGGGGCCCGGAAAUGUUUGACGGCAUCCGGCCGCCGCACCGGGAGCGCGAACGGCGGCAACAGCGCCUCGGGUAUGGUGGCGGCGGAGGUGGGAGUGGCGGAGGCAGACUCGGUGGUGGUGGUGGUGGUGGUGGCGCCAGCGGCCGCCGCCGCAGACGCAAUAGGAGAGGCGGAGGCGGCGGACGGAAGUACGACGACUACCGGCCAGGACGCGACGGUCAGGAUGACCGUGGCGGUGAACGUGGCGGUGACCGCCGGGAUCGACCCCGGUUUGAUCGUGGUGGUCGUGAUGAACGGGAAGGCCGCUUGGGUGGUUUCAAAGACGAUCGGUGGUAG